GUAAGUUGGCAAUAUCGUUCGACAGCGCCGUCAUUCCUUCGGCGUCAGUGAAAUGAGAUAAAAGGGAUCGAAAGUAUUUCUCUCUCCUCACUCCGCUGGAUCCUUACCAUUUCCGUAUCCGUUUCCUUGCUGGUGAGGUACACGUACGUACGUUCUCGUCGACGCAGCGUAAGUUCUUGCAAUUGUACCGUACAUAUACUUGCACCGCUGCACCUUCUUACACUUUCUGCAGCCGAAAUAUCAGAGGUGCAAAAGGUGCAACGAAAUAAAGCGCGAAAAUAAGAUAUUGCGGCUCAUAGCGCGAAAAAGCAUCGCAAUUUUGCUAAAAUUGAAGUGAGAAAACCAAUCGGCCAUCGAGUACGUUGGGUUGGCCAAACUUACGGUUAUACGCAAUCGGACACCUCGAAGCUUUUCCCACAACAAAGAUGAAAGCCUGGUUUAAUCGCGACGAUGACGGCAAGGUGAUCAUAGACAGCAAUGGGUUUGUUACGAUCACAUGCGAAGAGGAGAACAUAGCAUUCCAACUUCAUAUAUCGGAGAUCGAUGAUAAACAGGAACAGAUGUGCUUUAAUGUCAAUGGCAAAGAUAUAUUUAUUGAUGUCAUCCCAUGGGAGUUUGCUGAAAAUGAUUCGGAAAGCGAUAAAAAAGUAGAUAAGUUGAAUGAGAAUAAAUUAAAUGAAGAGAAGUUUAAUACACCAACGACGAGUAAAGGUGGGAACUCAGUUUUCCCAUGGUGUGACGCCUCAACAAAAAUCUUUUUAAAAGAGUAUAAAGCAAAGAAAGAAUUGGUGAAGAAUCGCCAACUGAAAAAUAUGAAGAAAGCAUAUCAAGAAAUAGCCAACAAAUUGAUAGACAAUGGUUUUCAUGUAUCCCCUUUACAAGUGGAAAACAGAUAUAAAACACUCAAGCGUGCUUAUAAGAACAUGAUGAUAUAUAACAGGAGAAAUGGAAGAGGGAAAUAUAUCUGUACUUAUGAACAAGAUCUGGAUGAAAUUUUUUCCAAUGAUCUAUUUGAGACGGAAACAAAUGGAGAAGGAGAGACAAAGGCAGCCAUGGAGGCAGCACAAAAUUGCAAAACUACUCAACAAAAUGCAAGACUGGAGGCUCAAAAUGUAAAAAUAAUCGAGAAUCUGCAAAGCUGUCAGCGUUUGUUAAGGAAUUUAAUUAACAAGAUGGAAAGCAGUAGUAAAAAUUCUAGUUGUGUGCAAAAUGAAGUUUUGCAAGUAUGUAUUGAAAUGCGAGAUAUACAAAAAGAAGCGCUAGCACGAGCGGAGGAACAAAGAGAGACGAAAAAUCAUUUGCUAGAGGAGAUGAUGACUAUUCUCAAGUCUAGAAAUACAUAAUGCGAUUUAUACCAGACAAGGCCAAAAUCUUUACAUUCUCAAUAGUUGCAAAAUAACAACUUAUUUAUUUUAUUAAAUACAAAGAAGGCAACAAUUUCCUUGUAUCUUUAUUAUCUUUCAUAAUGAUUUAACAAGGCAGUUGCAAGAUUAGAGACAGAUAUAUAAUACAAAAGUAUUAAGAUCUGUUUACUAUUUAAUUUUAAAUGUUGAAUAUAUGUAAUUAUAGAAAAAUGGAUUUUUGCAUGUCAAUUGAAUUACAAAAAUGGAGUCUGAAUUGUUAAUUCAUAAGUUACUUUAUUUUAAAACCUAAUAUUAGAUAAAAAUAAAUCUAAUCGUAAAAAUUAAGUAAAAUUAAGAUUAAAUUUGUAUAAAUCCAAGUUACCUAUUACCAUCCAGAUCUGUACAUUAAUAUUAAAAGAAUACAUUAAUUUGUAAUACUGU